UCGCGCCGCGCCUCGGCUCCAAGCGCAGCGGCGCCGGCUCCGGGAGCGCCACGGAGCCCCUGCGUGCGGCCGCGCCGGCGAUGCGGGGCCGCCCCGCGCCCGCCCCAGUCCCGGCCCCGGCCCCGGCCCCCGCGGGAAGGGGCUGAGCCGCCCGCCGCCGCCCGGAUGGCGAGCCUCGCCGCGCUUGCCCUCAGCCUGCUCCUGCGGCUGCAGCUGCCGCCGCUGCCCGGCGCCCGCGCACAGAGCGCCGCAGGCGGCUGUUCCUUCGAUGAGCACUACAGCAACUGUGGUUAUAGCGUGGCCCUGGGGACCAAUGGAUUUACGUGGGAGCAGAUUAACACGUGGGAGAAACCAAUGCUGGACCCAGCAGUGCCCACAGGCUCCUUCAUGAUGGUGAACAGCUCUGGGAGGGCCUCUGGCCAGAAGGCCCACCUUCUCCUGCCGACCCUGAAGGAGAAUGACACCCACUGUAUCGAUUUCCAUUACUACUUCUCCAGCCGCGACAGGUCCAGCCCGGGAGCCUUGAAUGUCUAUGUGAAGGUGAACGGCGGGCCCCAGGGGAACCCUGUCUGGAACGUCUCUGGGGUCGUCACCGAGGGCUGGGUGAAGGCAGAGCUUGCCAUCAGCACCUUCUGGCCACAUUUCUACCAGGUGAUAUUUGAAUCCGUCUCUCUGAAGGGUCAUCCGGGGUACAUCGCGGUGGACGAGAUCCGGGUCCUUGCGCAUCCAUGCAGAAAAGCACCUCACUUUCUGCGGCUCCAAAAUGUCGAGGUGAACGUGGGGCAGAAUGCCACGUUUCAGUGCAUCGCUGGUGGGAAGUGGUCUCAGCAUGACAAACUUUGGCUCCAGCAGUGGAACGGCAGGGACACGGCCCUCAUGGUCACCCGUGUGGUCAACCACCGACGCUUUUCAGCCACGGUCAGCGUGGCCGACACUGCCCAGCGGAGUGUGAGCAAAUACCGCUGUGUGAUCCGUUCCGACGGUGGGUCCGGCGUGUCCAACUACGCGGAGCUCAUCGUGAAAGAGCCUCCCACACCCAUCGCCCCCCCAGAGCUGCUGGCUGUCGGGGCCACAUACCUGUGGAUCAAGCCAAAUGCCAAUUCUAUCAUCGGCGAUGGCCCCAUCAUCCUGAAAGAGGUAGAAUAUCGCACCACCACGGGCACCUGGGCCGAGACCCACAUAGUGGACUCUCCCAACUAUAAGUUGUGGCAUCUGGACCCUGAUGUGGAGUACGAGAUCCGGGUGCUGCUCACACGACCAGGGGAGGGAGGCACAGGACCACCAGGGCCUCCCCUCACCACCAGAACCAAGUGUGCAGACCCCGUGCAUGGCCCACAGAACGUGGAGAUUGUGGACAUCCGCGCGCGGCAGCUGACCCUGCAGUGGGAACCGUUCGGCUACGCAGUGACCCGCUGCCACAGCUACAACCUCACCGUGCAGUACCAGUACGUGUUCAACCAGCAGCAGUACGAGGCCGAAGAGGUCAUUCAGACCUCUUCCCACUACACCCUGAGGGGCCUGCGCCCCUUCAUGACCAUCCGGCUUCGGCUGCUGCUGUCCAACCCCGAGGGCCGGAUGGAGAGCGAGGAGCUGGUGGUGCAGACAGAGGAGGAUGUUCCAGGAGCUGUUCCCCUAGAAUCCAUCCAAGGAGGGCCCUUUGAGGAGAAGAUCUACAUCCAGUGGAAGCCUCCCAACGAGACUAACGGGGUCAUCACACUCUAUGAGAUCAACUACAAGGCCGUGGGCUCCUUGGACCCAAGUGCCGACCUCUCCAGCCAGCGGGGGAAGGUCUUCAAGCUCCGGAAUGAAACCCACCACCUCUUCGUGGGGCUGUACCCGGGCACCACGUACUCCUUCACCAUCAAGGCCAGCACAGCCAAGGGCUUCGGGCCCCCUGUCACCACUAGGAUUGCCACCAAAAUUUCAGCUCCGUCGAUGCCUGAGUACGACACCGACACCCCACUGAAUGAAACGGACACGACCAUCACGGUGAUGCUGAAGCCCGCUCAGUCACGGGGAGCCCCUGUCAGUGUUUAUCAGCUGGUUGUCAAGGAAGAGCGACUUCAGAAGUCACGAAGGGCAGCUGACAUCAUUGAGUGCUUUUCGGUGCCUGUGAGCUAUAGGAAUGCCUCCAGCCUUGAUUCUCUACACUACUUUGCCGCUGAAUUGAAGCCCGCCAACCUGCCUGUCACCCAGCCAUUUACAGUGGGUGACAAUAAGACAUACAAUGGAUACUGGAACCCUCCUCUUUCCCCUCUGAAAAGCUACAGCAUCUACUUCCAGGCACUCAGCAAAGCAAAUGGAGAGACCAAAAUCAACUGCGUUCGCCUGGCUACAAAAGCACCAAUGGGCAGCGCCCAGGUGACCCCGGGGACUCCACUCUGCCUCCUCACCACAGGUGCCUCCACUCAGAAUUCUAACACUGUGGAGCCAGAGAAGCAGGUGGACAACACCGUGAAGAUGGCUGGUGUGAUCGCGGGCCUCCUCAUGUUCAUCAUCAUUCUCCUGGGUGUCAUGCUCACCAUCAAGAGGAGAAGAAAUGCUUAUUCCUACUCCUAUUACUUGUCCCAAAGGAAGCUGGCCAAGAAGCAGAAGGAGACACAGAGUGGAGCCCAGAGGGAGAUGGGACCUGUGGCCUCAGCCGACAAACCCACCACCAAGCUCAGCACCAGCCGCAAUGAUGAAGGCUUCUCCUCUAGCUCUCAGGACGUUAAUGGAUUCACAGAUGGCAGCCGUGGGGAGCUGUCCCAGCCUACCCUCACGAUCCAGACUCACCCCUACCGGGCUUGCGACCCCGUGGAGAUGAGCUAUCCCCGGGACCAGUUCCAGCCUGCCAUCCGGGUGGCCGACCUGCUACAGCACAUCACCCAGAUGAAGAGAGGCCAGGGCUACGGGUUCAAGGAGGAAUAUGAGGCUUUACCAGAGGGGCAGACAGCUUCGUGGGACACAGCCAAAGAGGAUGAAAACCGCAAUAAGAAUCGAUAUGGAAACAUCAUAUCCUAUGACCAUUCCCGAGUGAGGCUGCUGGUGCUGGAUGGAGAUCCGCAUUCCGACUACAUCAACGCCAACUACAUUGAUGGAUACCAUCGACCUCGGCACUACAUUGCAACGCAGGGUCCGAUGCAGGAGACUGUCAAGGACUUUUGGAGAAUGAUCUGGCAGGAGAACUCGGCCAGCAUCGUCAUGGUCACGAACCUCGUGGAAGUGGGCAGGCUCCCAGCGGAACACACUGUGGGAAAUGCCACUCUAGGCCGCGCGGCGUCCCCCGGAAUGGUGAAGUGUGUGCGAUACUGGCCGGAUGACACGGAGGUCUACGGGGACAUUAAAGUCAGCCUGAUUGAGACUGAGCCCCUGGCCGAGUACGUCAUACGCACCUUCACCGUCCAAAAGAAAGGCUACCACGAGAUCCGGGAGCUCCGCCUCUUCCACUUCACCAGCUGGCCCGACCAUGGCGUCCCCUGCUAUGCCACCGGCCUUCUGGGCUUCGUGCGCCAGGUCAAGUUCCUGAACCCCCCCGAGGCCGGGCCCAUAGUGGUCCACUGCAGUGCUGGAGCCGGGAGGACCGGCUGCUUCAUUGCCAUCGACACCAUGCUCGACAUGGCAGAGAACGAAGGGGUAGUGGACAUCUUCAACUGUGUGCGUGAGCUCCGGGCCCAGAGGGUCAACCUGGUACAGACGGAGGAGCAGUACGUGUUCGUGCAUGAUGCCAUCCUGGAAGCGUGCCUGUGCGGCAACACCGCCAUCCCCGUGUGCGAGUUCCGCUCUCUCUACUACAAUAUCAGCAGGCUGGACCCCCAGACCAACUCCAGCCAGAUCAAAGACGAAUUUCAGACCCUCAACAUCGUGACCCCCCGUGUCCGGCCCGAGGACUGCAGCAUCGGGCUCCUGCCUCGGAAUCACGAUAAGAACCGGAGCAUGGACGUCCUGCCUCUGGACCGCUGCCUGCCCUUCCUUAUCUCGGUGGAUGGAGAGCCCAGCAACUAUGUCAAUGCCGCACUGAUGGACAGCCACAAGCAGCCUGCUGCCUUCGUGGUCACCCAGCACCCUCUCCCCAACACUGUGGCAGACUUCUGGAGGCUGGUGUUCGACUACAACUGCUCCUCCGUGGUGAUGCUGAAUGAGAUGGACACCGCCCAGCUCUGUAUGCAGUACUGGCCUGAGAAGACGUCCGGGUGCUAUGGGCCCAUCCAGGUGGAGUUCGUGUCUGCAGACAUCGACGAGGACAUCAUCCACAGAAUAUUCCGCAUCUGUAACAUGGCCCGGCCUCAGGAUGGGUACCGGAUAGUCCAGCACCUGCAGUACAUCGGCUGGCCAGCCUACCGGGACACACCCCCCUCCAAGCGCUCUCUGCUCAAAGUGGUCCGACGGCUGGAGAAGUGGCAGGAGCAGUACGACGGGAGAGAGGGACGCACUGUGGUCCACUGCCUAAAUGGGGGCGGCCGCAGUGGAACCUUCUGUGCCAUCUGCAGCGUAUGUGAGAUGAUCCAGCAGCAAAACAUCAUCGACGUGUUCCACAUCGUAAAAACACUGCGGAACAACAAAUCCAACAUGGUGGAGACCCUGGAACAGUAUAAAUUUGUAUACGAGGCAGCACUGGAAUAUUUAAGCUCCUUUUAGCCCAAUGGGAUGGGGAGCCUGCCGGAGCCCAGAGGCUGCAGCAGCCACGCCCCCUUUUCUGUGAAUGGCAGUGACUGGGCUCAGGGCCUAAGACGCAGCACCCUGCCCAACUCCAAGGAGAAUGCUGGUUGUCCUGUGCCCCGUGGUGGGCUCUGCACCUUCCGAGGGGUCUCCUGUAGCUGUGGGAGGUACUGCUCUGAAAGGCCCAGGCUCCCCUUCCACACUCAACCAGCUGAGGCCACGAGCCCAUGCAGAAGUGCGCCCAUGGCAAGGCCCCGUAUUUUCCCGUUCCCAGACCUCCUGCUUUUGCUCUUUUCAAGUUUGUGAAUCUCCUGGCAAGCCAACUAUGUGAGUGUUGGGGAGCGAGAGCCUCAGCAGCACCUCCCUGCCCUCCUUGUCCCUGGGGGUAGAGGGGCUGUGUGUUCUACUCCUCCAUGCUGUCGCAGAAAU